AUGAGCUGUAAGGCCAAGGCCAAGAUGAGGGGAAUCCUAAUCCUGGGGCUGCUGUUGGCUACUCCCAGCUGCCUUGGCUACUUUGAGGACCUGAUCAAGUGCUUCCAGGACCCCGAGUAUGAGUCCAUCCUUGUCACGGCGCAGAAGGGGCUCCACGCCUCCCCGCUGCCCAAGCGUGUGGUAAUAGUGGGAGCUGGCAUGUCAGGCCUGGCAGCUGCCAGGGGAAAGCAUGACUCCGGCAACAACUUCUCUGGACUCCAGGUAACCAUCCUGGAAGCCAGCCACCACAUCGGGGGUCGAGUUGUCACAUACAGGAAUGAGGAGGAGGGCUGGUACUAUGAAUUGGGGCCCAUGCGAAUCCCAAAGUCCCACAGGCUAGUUCAUACCUACAUCAAGAAGCUUGGCCUGAAGAUGAACAAGUUCAUAGAAUAUGAUGGUAACACCUGGUACCCUCAUCAACGGACAACGUUAUCGCACCAGGAUGUCAAGGACAACCCAGAGCUCCUAGGCUACUCCACGAAACCAAUGGAGAAGGGCAAGGGUGCUACUAAUCUCUUCAACCAGUCCAUCACCAAGCUCAAACAAAAUCUGAAAAAUUUCAACUGCAGCCACCUGGUGUCCUUUUAUGAUUCCUACUCCACCAAGGCUUACUUGCUGAAAGAAGGGGCACUGAGCCAAGGAGCGGUAAAGAUGAUCGGGACUGUGAUGAAUGAGGAUUCUGGAUACUACAAGUCCCUCCUAGAGUCCCUGCGGACAGACUUCAUCUUUUCCAAAAAGGACGACUUUUCUGAGAUCACCGGUGGCUUCGACCAGCUCCCCAGGGCCCUCAGCACCAGCCUGAAGCCUGGCACCAUCCACUUGGGCUCCAAGGUGGAGGCAGUGGUGAGGGACGGGCCUGAGGUCCAGGUUUCCUACCGGGCAGGUGAGCCCAGCUCCGCGAAGCACAACCUCACUGCGGACUUCGUCAUUAUCUCGGCCUCAGCCAAGGCCACGCGCCUCAUCACCUUUAAGCCACCGCUCUCUCCGGACAAGGUGGAAGCGCUCCGCGUGGUGCAUUACACCAGCGCCACCAAGGUGGUUCUGGCCUGUAAGGAGCCCUUCUGGGAGCGGGAGGGCAUCCGGGGUGGGGUCUCUGUCACCGACCGGCCCUCGCGCUUCAUCUACUACCCCAGCCACAGCCUCCCCAGUGGCAAGGGCGUCCUGCUGGCCUCCUACACCGUGGACGAUGACUCCCUCUUCUUCAUAUCCAUGACGCACGAGCAGGUGGAGGAUGUGGUCCUGGAGGACCUGGCGGCCGUGCACCAGAUACCCAAGGAUGAAUUGCGGCGCAUGUGCCCCUCCUCUGUGCUCAAGCGCUGGUCUCUGGACCCCCUCACCAUGGGCGCCUUCGCUGAGUUCACACCCUACCAGUUUACGGACUAUUCGCUGCAGCUCUUCCAGCCUGAGGGCCGCAUCCACUUUGCAGGCGAGCACACCUCCAUGCCCCACGCCUGGAUAGACACUGCUAUCAAGUCCGGCCUGCGGGCAGCCAGGAAUAUCCAGGCUGCCGUGGACGAGGAGGCCACCGCGAGGCAGAAGACCUUCACUCAUACCCAGAAUCAUUUCUCACCCUGA